ACAUCGCCGCGCGCGGUUCAUUGAAAUCCGGUCCGCGCUCGCUUAACGUUUUCAUUCUAACUUCUCGCCGGCAAUCGUUUGUUGUUGUUCUCGAAUGCGAAUGUGUGGGAGUGUGUGGUGUAGAAAUUCGAGCAUGUGUGCGUUCUGCUGCAGCGGCACAUAAUUUUGCGCGUUUUGUGCGUUGACAGCUGCAAAAAAAAGAGUGCAGAAAAGUGCAAAGCAAAGGCCGACAGCAAAACAAACAACAAACAAACCAAGCAGAAGCCAAAAGAAACAACAAAACAGGCCGACACACACACCUGCUGCCCGUUGUCGUCGUUUUUGUUUGUGUUGGUGCUUUGGUCCAGGCGCAAAAGAAAAAUAAGAAAUAAAUGCAAAAAGUGGCAGCAGGAUAGCGAAUCGUGAUUUUCCGGCGAAAUAGAGGAGCCUCCCAAGGAGAAGGGGAAGAAGAAGACUCCCCAAAAAUAAAACCGAAAAAAUCCGACGAUAUUGUCAACGUGGAGCGAAGUGAAUGAAAAUUGAAAGUGUUUGUGCGUUGGGAAAUGCUCGAUCGCGAUCGCAGCUGAGGAUUAUUGAUUCCGACGAAAUUCGAAUUACGAAUUACGGAUUGCACCAUCUACAAUCCGUUCGCAUAUAGAAAUAAAUCUCCGACAAACAGUUGCAGCUGCCUACUUUGGCUAAUUGAUUUUCAUUUCGGUUUCUGUUUUUCCCAUUUGUUUGUUAGCUGGUUUGUUUGUUUGUUCGCCUCUUGCAAUGAGGCGUCCAAAAGCUGCCAAUCACAGCAACAAAAACACCCGUAACAACUCGCCAAAUGAACAGAAACAAGCAAAAAAACAACAAGUACAAGUACAUGAAGUGAAGCUACGCGACAAUUGCGUUUGCGCUUUUUUCCUGUUUUUUUAAUUAAUUUUAAGUGUCGCCGUAUUCUGUUGCCCUUUUUGCCGGGAGUGAGAAAGAUAGCGUUUUGGGUUGGAGCCGUGAAACCCCUCGGAAAUCGGCAAUUUAAUUUACAAUACAACAUUAGUACGGACAUAAAAGCGGAUAAAGGCGAGCAGCGAAAGGAGAACCCAAAAUGUUCGCGGGAAUAAGGAAGCGCCUGGCACGCAAGCAAAACGAGAAGGAUUGCGAUGAGGAUGACAAGGACGAUGUGCUUGACUUAAUGCCGCCGCCGCCGAAUUAUAUACAGAUCUCCCAGGGCAGGAUUCAGUUGGUUCAUCAGGCAAGGACGCCCUUGGAAUCGGAAGCGGGAACUCUCUCCCUGGAGCGACAUGGAGGCUCGAUCACCGGAUCCGGCGGCUGUGAUAAGGAUGUGUUGGAGAAGCGGAUGAUUGAAGUUGAAGGCGCUCUGCUGCGUUUGCAGGAGCAGUUCCAGAAAAGCCAAUGCGGGUCGCCAACGUUCGAGAAGGAAUUGCGCGAACAAAUUGAGAACAUGAAUCGCAUUAUGAAAUCCAAAGAACGCAAGCAAAUGCAGACAUGUCGGGAUCACAAGGCACUGCAGACUCGCUUUGCCCGGCAGGAGAGCCUGCUGCAAUCGAUGCAGCAGGAGAAUCGAUCCCUGCUCACCCGUAUCCGGCAGUAUGAGCACUGUUUGGACGAUGUGAUGCGCAAGGUGGUGGAUGCCAUUGUGGCUGAGGAUAAUCUCCGAGAGGAGGUGACCAUGCUGAAGGGCAGGGUACGGGAUCUGGAGGCCCAGAAUGCGGCCCUGUCCGCCAGUCCGGUGAAGGGCAGGGACGAGGGAUACUGCACCAUGAGCAGUGGACAACCGCAACCGUCGAACGGCCAUUUGGAGGAUCUGCCCGAGGAACCGGAGCAAUGGCUACUACCCGCUGAGCCCUGCUCCACCGAAAUGGAGGACUGGAGCAUGUCGCAGGAGGAACUGGCGGUGAUGACCUUCGACGACGAGCGGGACCAGCAUCAUAUGCACCACCUGCAGCAUGCGCAGCAGCAACGCCGGAAGCGGGAUCACGACUGGCUGUGGCCAUCGAGUGACUUCAUCAACUCCACCACCGUGGAAACGGAUUCGGUGGCCGAUGGCAUUGCCCAGCUGCUGCAGCAGAAGAUUGUGUACUCCGAGGACGAGGAGGUGGCCUGCACCGACUUCACCAACGACUUCUACAAACUGGUCAACAUACGCUCCAACUCCUCGCGCAGUCUGUAUUCCUAUCUCGAGGGUGAGACGGAUGACGAGGACGAGGACGACGAGGAAGGCGAGGAUUCCAGCAUGUCAGAGAGCCAGGUGGGUCCGGCAGGACGAACGGCAGGCGGCAGUCCCACGCCCAGCGAGGCGGGAAGGGCCCAGCUCACGAGCUGCUCCUCCAGCGAAACGGACGAGCUCUCCGGCAGUCAGGUGAAAAAGGACGAGGAACCCGAUUACGCGGUAAUCGAUGAGUGUCGACGAAGGGUCAGCGACAUAGAAAUCGAGGAUGUGCCCAUGAUUGUGAGCAGCACGCCCAUGAAGCCACUGGAUGAGCAGCAGUGCAUUGCCCAGAUCAUCAAGAGCGAACUACGUCGGCCGCCGCACGUCCUGGUCAAAUCGAAAUCGGUGCUCGAGGAGCAGGAGCCCAGCUGCAUCCUGCGCCACAAUCAACGCCGCGAACUCGAGUCCACGGUGGUGCGCAGCGACAGCAUCAGCUGUGCCAUGAUGGCAAAGUUGGCCAAGGAGGUGAUUCCCCCGGCGCCCGGAAUGGUGACCAAGCUGAAGGAGCGCAUGCUGCUCAGGCAGGCCUCCACGCCGCCCACGGCCAGCUCGUGGCGCAGAAGUAAUGGCUGGAAAAGGGUCACCUCGCCAGUGCAUCCACCUGCGGCUGCAACGCCCAAGAAGAAGCAAGCCAAGUCAACGGAGCCGCCAAAGAGUUGCCUGCCCAAGGCGCAGCCCACCAGAAUUCCAACGAGCAUCCAUUCGUCGGUGUCCUCGUCCUCCUCGAUGUCCUCCUCCUGCUCGCCCUCGCCCUCCUCCCCCUCGCCGCAGUCGCCCCAACAGAAGUCGCCCGGCCAACAAAACCAGCAGCGAAAGUCGAAAAUUCCUCCACCAGUUCCCGUGCGACGAUCCUACGCCAGUUAGGGUACACCACUGCUAAAUCUCAAAUCAAUAAUCGUCAAGCUAACAAAUAUUUAAAGAUUUAAAAAGACUAAAUUGUGAUAUAUUCAAACAAAAGAAAACAAAACGAAAGAAAUCAGAGGAGAACAGAACAGAAUAGGCACAUACAGAGAAGCAUUAAGUUGAUGGCGGAGGAGCCAGCGAGUUUUGUACGUACGAAUACGAGUAUUUAUGUAUAUUGUAAAUUUUUUGGAAGAUGUUUUACCUUGUAAGCGGCACUGCCAACUGUUCCCCCUAGAAAAGAAAAAAUACAGAAGAGAAACCGAAAGGCUCGCCCUGCUCUAUACCCAUAUAUUUUGUAGAGCAGCGGUUGCAGCAUCCAAAUCAGUAGGUUAUACAUAACUUUCAUACAAUGGGACAAUUUGAUUGACUUCAAACUGAAUUCAAGCCACUAUUAGCUAUGGUCAUGAGUAGAUGAACCACAACUGUAGUCUUCCGCACAAAUCGAGUGUAUUUGUGGGACAUGGACAUGUAGGCCACAUAAACUAAGCCGAGUUAGUAGCUCCUCACACACACACACACACACACAGCAGCAGUUGAACACUUGCAUUUAAGGGUGAAAUAUGUCAAAGUAUAGAAUGCAUAUACUAUAGAACGAUAUAUAUAUAUAUAUAGACGGUUUCUAAGCGAACAUUAUAUACGACAACCAUAACAAUAAACUGUAAAUAUCAGUCGUUCAAGCUAAUGACAAAGCUCUUCUUCAAAUCGUAGUUAGCUCCUCAGGGGCUGCUGCAACCGACUAAUUUAUCGCAGCAGCCCGAUUCCUAAGCAUAGACCUACACUAUAUAGAACAGAACGCACUAUGAUCGAGGAGGGAACAUAGAUGUAAGCUCGUAUAAACAUUAUAAAUGUAUGUAUUUUCUUAGCGUAGCAAGUACAAAAUAAACAAAAAGAAGUUACAGAA